AUAUUAAGAAAGCUUUUCUGUUUUUCAGGUAGAAUUUGCCCAUUCACUGGGAAGAAGUCCAACAGGGCAAACAAGGUCUCUCACUCAAACCACAAGACGAAAAAACUGCAAUUCGUUAACCUUCAAUACAAGAGGAUUUGGUGGGAGGCAGGCAAGCGCUAUGUGAAACUGAGGUUGUCAACAAAGGCCAUAAAAACCAUUGAGAAAAAUGGACUUGAUGCUGUAGCCAAGAAGGCUGGAAUUGAUCUUAGCAAGAAGUAGAACCUUGAACAUGAUAGCAUCUUUGUUUGUUCACUAAUUUUGAUGCCUCAAAAUAGUACUUAAUAUCUUUUGGCAUUGCUUGUUGAUUUAUUGAUUAUAUGCUUUUCAUAAUAUUACUUUCCAAGAAUAUCUUGAUCAAAA